UACGAUCUAGUGCAAGAAUUUGAAAAAUAAUUAUACGGGUCUAAUAACUUGGUUAGUGCAUACAUUUUGGUUAAAAGAUCUCUCUUUUAAACCAUACUUUUUCAGCCAUGUAAAGAAAAAGCAGCCAGUUAGAUCAUCUUGAGUUCUGAACAAGGUUUUAGAUAGGUUGCGUUUGCUCGGUUAUCAUACUAAAAUAACCUAUUAUUUAAAAUUGAAAAAAAAAUAAUGAUUAUCAAAACUAAGUGUAUGCCAACUAACAAAAUUUCUGAGCGAUCCAGCUAAUCAAAAAAAUUCGCUGAUGAGCACUACAAAACAUUCUCAUUGCCAACAAUUAAUCUAGCAGUUAUGUUUACAAUACAACCAAUAAAAUACGAUGAAUCAUUGGUAUGUAACAGUGUUUUUAUCAAAAUGCACGUGAUUGUUAAAGUUUAUGUACCGGUUUGCUCAUUUUACAAGUUUUUACACUAAAUCGCACACACUUAACAAGUUCCUUUACCGCUGACGCAAUUUACUCUUAGCUUAACCUUCACUAUCUCAACUACCAGAAUAAAUGCCAGCCGUCGAUUCACGGAUUAACAAAGCUAAUCAAGUCUUGAGUAGAAGUAACAAAAUCUGCACGCGAAGAACCUGAUUCCAACUCUGAAGGAGCAGGCCAAAACAACCUCAAGGCCACGCGCAAAAAGGAAAGGAAAAAGGUGGCUAACCCAAAUCCCCAAUACGCCUACAUGGACAGCUCGCCGUCGCCGGCGCCGGCGUCCAGGGGGCGGUGGAGCUGGGGCUCGGCACUCGUGGGCGCCGCCUCAACGGCGGCGGCGGCGGCCGUGCUGCUGUGCCGGCCGCGUGACCCGACGUUCGAGCUCAUCUCCAUCAGCCUCUCCACCUUCCACUUCCGGCCGCCGGCGGCGCUGGACAUCGGCCUCACCCUCACCGUCCACGCCACCAACCCCAACGUCGUCCCCGUCCGCUACGGCCCCUCCACCGUCUCCAUCCUCUACGACGGCGCCCACCUCGGCACCGCCCGCCUCGACGCCGGCGAGCAGCCGCCCACCUCUUGCCGCCUGCUCCACCUCCCCGCCCGCCUCGACGCCGUCGAGCUGGCGCACCACGCCCGCUCCAUCCUCGCCGACACCGCGCGCCGCCACAUGGAGCUCGACGCCGCCGUCAAGAUCGCCGGCGAGGCCGCCGUGGCCCUCUGGUCCCGCCGCUUCUCCGUCAGCAUCGACAGCCACAUCGUCGUCGACCCCGUCUUCCUCGACGUCAUCGAGCAGGAGAACCACUCCGAGAUGCAGCUCUACCUCACCUGAUGCCAUCUCAUUUUCCUUUUAAUUUAGAUGACAAAACCUCGUCGAUUGUUUCUCAUGUGUGGUUAAGUGUAAUGCAAUGAGAUGAGAUUUGGAAUGCAAUGCUCAACAAAUCUCUUAUGCAGCUCCAA